AUGCAGACAGGGCGGAAAAAGCUGAAGAUUUUUGCGCGUUGGCCAGCGCUAGCCCUCUUCAGCGGCUGCGCAGGGGCCGUCGUCCAAGUUGUCAUCGUACUGCAGGAAAUCAUGGCGCAGGAAGGCCACAUCUUGCCCUGCGUCGUUGUCCUUUACCUGAACCCUGUGGUGAUCGGAUCUUACGCGUUGCCGUAUCUCUUGAGAGGUUUCAGAGCUGUCGUCAUCUCCGAAAAAGGUUCGAGUCUCUGA